GCUCUUUCCAUGAUAAAGUUUUCUGAAGUCCCGUUGAUGUCCUCGUUUGCCCCAGUUUUUCUGGAUUAAUGCUGACUUUCUGGUGGAUUUUAUUCUGAUGGUGGAAUAAGAGGGAAGCAUGGUGGUGAAUUCCGUGCACUGGUUCCGUAAAGGUCUUCGGCUACAUGAUAAUCCGGCACUGCAGGAGGCCCUGAGCGGAGCGGACACGGUACGCUGUGUUUAUGUUCUGGACCCUUGGUUCGCCGGAGCCGCUAACGUCGGGAUCAACAGAUGGAGAUUUCUGCUGGAGUCUCUGGAGGACUUGGACAACAGUCUGAAGAAGCUCAACUCGAGGCUGUUUGUGGUCAGAGGUCAGCCGACCGAGGUCUUCCCGAGGCUCUUUAAGGAAUGGAACGUGACCCGGCUGACGUUCGAAUACGACCCGGAGCCCUACGGGAAGGAGCGGGAUGGCGCCAUCAUCAAGAUGGCCCAGGAGUUUGGAGUGGAGACUGUGAUCAGGAAAUCGCACACCCUCUACAACCUGGACAGGAUAAUCGAGAUGAACAACAACAACCCGCCUCUGACCUUUAAGCGCUUUCAGACCAUUGUGAGCCGACUGGAGUUGCCUAGGAGACCUGUGGUUCCCAUCAGCCAGCAACAGAUGAACCGAUGCCUCGGCAAAAUCUCCGACAACCACGACCAGCUGUACAGUAUACCCUCCCUGGAGGAGCUCGGUUUCAGGACGGAGGGGUUACCUCCAGCUGUGUGGCGUGGAGGAGAGUCGGAGGCUUUGGACCGACUGAGCAGAUACCUGGACAAAAACGUGUGGGUGGCCAACACUCGGGUGAAGACUUGCUCUCUGUACGCCAGCCCCACAGGCCUCAGCCCCUACCUGCGCUUCGGCUGCCUGUCCUGCAGGGUGCUGUACUACAACCUCAGAGAGAUCUACAUGAAGCUCUGUAAGCGGAGCAGUCCUCCGCUGUCCCUGUACGGCCAGCUCCUAUGGAGGGAGUUCUUCUACACCGCCGCCACCAACAACCCAAACUUUGACCGCAUGGAGGGAAACCCCAUCUGUGUGCAGAUCCCCUGGGACCAGAACCCAGAGGCGCUGGCCAAGUGGGCCGAGGGACGGACUGGCUUCCCCUGGAUCGACGCCAUCAUGACUCAGCUGAGGCAGGAGGGCUGGAUCCACCACCGGGCGCGGCACGCCGUGGCCUGCUUCCUCACCAGAGGCGACCUGUGGAUCAGCUGGGAGAGCGGGAUGAAGGUGUUUGAGGAGCUGCUGCUGGACGCCGACUGGAGCGUGAACGCCGGCAGCUGGAUGUGGCUGUCCUGCAGCGCCUUCUUCCAGCAGUUUUUCCACUGCUACUGUCCCGUGGGCUUUGGGAGGAGGACCGACCCGUCAGGAGACUACAUCAGGCGUUACAUUCCCAUCCUGAAGGACUUUCCGAACCGCUACAUCUACGAGCCGUGGAACGCCCCAGAGUCUCUGCAGAAGGCUGCGAACUGCGUGGUGGGAGUGGAUUACCCCAAACCGAUGAUAAACCAUGCAGAGGGCAGCCGACUCAACAUCGAGCGCAUGAAGCAAGUUUACCAGCAGCUGUCGCAUUACAGGGGACUCAGCCUACUGGCAUCGGUACCGACGAUCCAGGAAGAAGCAGAGCCGCCGAUGACAGACGAGUCUCAGACCAGCAGCGGACCCGAUUCUCCUCCCAGAGUUCUUGCCGACAUCGAAGCAGCCGUCUGCCUGAUGGCUCCAGAUUCCUCCACUUCGGCGCCGGUUCCGGACCAGGACGACGCGUCGCUCCAUCAGCCGUUCCAGAAUCACUGCACCUCCUCGGGCCGGCCGUCCUCUCCUGCCUCCAGCCCGUCACAAAGCCCCACAUCUCGAUCCAAACCCGGAUCUCCGUCCUCCUGCCCCUCACCGUCCGCCAGUCCGUCCUCGCUGCCCCCGAGAAGGAAAGGGGCCGCCCACAAGGGCCGGCGAAGCCAAAGACGGAGAGAACGCCCGUCCUGCCCGAUGGCGACGGAGGAGGAAGAGGAUGAGGAGGAGAGGAUGCAGGAGGAGGUGGAUGAGGAGAGGAUGGAGGAGGAGACGGUAGCAGCAGCUCAACAGUGACAUUAAGUGGACAGACAAGGUGCGGUUUCUGAGAACAAUCUGUAUAUUUCCUCCAUCCAGUGGGAAACUACGGAACGCUCCUUUGGAUCUGGAGGCACGUGAUGCAACGAAUGGAAGAGGAGCAGCACAUUAAAACCCCAGUUAACCCAAACCAAGACAGACACUGCAGACAUAUUCACGCACAGACUGCUGUCUGGUCUAAAAACCUUAUUUGAGGCCAUAAAAUGUACGUAUUUUAUACAGCUCCGCCUUUUGUUUUCUAAGGAUUUCAUCAGACCAGAGUGUCUCUCUGAUCAUGGACUUCAUUUCAAGGUGGAAAUCAUUUGGUCCUUCUGGCAGCAUCAGGACUGUCCCCUGUGAUCCAGGUUUAUGUUGAUCCUCCCUUUGUAACAGUUUGAUCCAGUCUGAAAAACCAGCAUCAAUUUAAAGGGUUUAAAUUUUUUUACAAUGUAAUCAAAGUGUUCAGGAUGAGCUCCGUCCAGCCCAUAUUCAGUAGUGAAUGUGACGUGUUUAACAUCGGGUUCAGGUGUCGUCAGACCCCCUAAAAAUAUCAAUUAGUUAAAAUAUGAAAUAAAAUCAAACUAAAAUUUCUACUCAUCUGCUGCCACAAAAUGGAAUAACAUAAUUUAAUAUUCUGCGUUUUAAAAGAUCAGAUUUCAACCUUUGUAAUUGUUUCUGAUUAGAAACUUUAGUUAUCAGAACUUCAGAGGUUAAAUUAUUUCUGAAAAUAUGGAAUGAAAAUUAAUAAUUAAAUUAUUUAUGAUUUUUUUUUCCCUAAAAUAAUUUUCCAGAAAAUUAUUUCUAAAACAUAAUUUUUAGAAAUUACUUUUUGGAAAAUUAUUUCAAAAAAGUAUUUUUUAAAUAAUUUUCUUCUGAAAUGAUUCUUAAACAAUGUGGCCCUCCAUUUUUGUAAUUUUUAGCCUCAGUUUUAAUGACACAUUUUAUUCUUUUUUUUUUACAAACUUCUUUGAGCUUUAAUUAGUUUAAAAAAUUAAAGCACAUUAAUAUUAAUAUUAAACGUUCUAAUAUGAAAGAACAAUAUAAUUUUUGUUGCAGGCAAUUGACUAAAAGAUAUUUUAAACCAAAUAAACUGAAAAAAAAUACCCAACAAAGUUAGAAAACUGUCCAGCUUUUAGUAAUACAAAGAAAAGGCCUCUUUGCUUCAUUAAAUAUUGCAUGUAUAAUUUAUUAUGCGUUUUUAAAUUGGAAAAACAAUGCAACUCCUCAAUACUUUCAACUUUGUGAUCUGACCCUUGUUGCACCCCUUCCUUAGAGCCCAUUUAAUGUCAGUUAUAUAAAUUAGAGUUUCUAACAGACUCAUCAGCAGAACUUCGUCCUGAACCCGAUGUUGCACUUUACUGACUUCUUGUUUCUGGAUGAAUCUGUGGUUGAAUGUUUAAAUCCACUUCACUCCAUUCUGUUCUUGGGAACUCUUUGUUUAUAUGUAAAUAUUAAAAGUGAAUAUUUUAGGAAUAGCUGAUAUUUUUGCCAGAACUCAGCCAGACCCUGUGGUUGUUCUGCAGGCCGGGAAACAUGAAGGUGAAUCGUUGCAUCUUUUUGUGCAACCUGACUUUAUAGAGUAAAAAUUAUGUCUUGUUCUUCACUCUUAAUUUAUCUGUUUGUAUAUAAAAUAUAUAAAGCACUCAACUGUA